GCUCUGCCCAAUUCCGGAGGGCGAGUCAUUUCCGUCCGCCGAGGAACAGAGAAAGCAGCCGGCGGAGUUGCGGGCAGAGCGCCUCGGGCAGGAAUUCCCUGGUCGCAAGUGGCAAGUGAGCCCCGGUCGGGACGGUGAGCGGGGGACCGAGUCAGGGGCUGGCGCCCGGGAUGGCUGAGGUGGAGGCCCAGGGCCGCCUGUGGCUGGAGAGUCCCCCUGGGGGCGCGCCCCCUAUCUUCCUGCCCUCGGAUAGACAAGUCCUUGUCCUGGGCCGGGGACCCUUGACCCAGGUUACCGACCGGAAGUGCUCCAGAAACCAAGUGGAGCUGGUCGCAGACCCCGGGACCAAGACUGUGGCAGUGAAACAGCUGGGAAUUAACCCCUCAACUGCUGGGACCCAGGAGCUGGCUCCGGGGUCAGAAGGCUCUCUGAGGUUGGGGGACACACUGUAUUUGGUCAACGGCCUCCACCCGCUAACCCUGUGCUGGGAAGAGGCCCGCACACCUGAAUCCCAGCAGGACACUCCGCCCCGCACCCCUCCGGUGGCUCCAGAUGUGGCACAAGAUGUUGAGCCACAGAAAAAGCGGAUGCGAAAGUCAUCCCCGGGCUGGGAGAAGUUCGAGAAGCUGCUGGUGUUUACUGCACCUGGGGUGAAGCCCCGCGGCAAGGUGGCCGGCUUUGAUCUAGACGGGACCCUCAUCACCACACGCUCUGGGAAGGUCUUUCCCACUGGCCCCAGUGACUGGAGGAUCUUGUAUCUCGAGAUUCCGCGGAAGCUCCGGGAACUGGAUGCCGAGGGCUACAAGCUGGUGAUCUUCACCAACCAGAUGGCCAUUGGGCGUGGGAAGCUGCCGGCAGAGGAGUUCAAGGCUAAAGUGGAAGCCGUGGUGGAGAAACUGGGGCUCCCCUUUCAGGUGCUGGUGGCCACGCACGCCGGCUUGUACCGGAAGCCGGUGGUUGGCAUGUGGGACCAUCUGCAGGAGCAGGCCAAUGAGGAUAUGCCCAUCUCCAUCAGGGACAGUGUCUUCGUGGGAGAUGCAGCUGGGCGCCCAGCAAACUGGGCCCCUGGGCGGAAGAAGAAAGAUUUCUCUUGCGCAGACCGUCUGUUUGCACUCAACCUUGGCCUGCCCUUCGCCACACCAGAGGAGUUCUUUCUGAAUUGGCCCAUCGCCAGCUUUGUGCUCCCCACCUUUGACCCGAGAACCAUCUCCCCCUCGGGGCCGCUCUACCUCCCUGAGUCCAGCUCCCUCUUGAGCUCCGACCCCGAAGUGGUGGUCGCCGUGGGAUUUCCUGGGGCUGGCAAGUCCACCUUCCUCCAGGAGCACCUCGUGUCUGCGGGCUACAUCCACGUGAACAGGGACACACUGGGCUCGUGGCAGCGCUGUGUGACCAUGUGUGAGAACGCUCUAAAGCAAAGGAAACGGGUCGUGAUUGACAACACCAACCCAGACCCUCCGAGCCGGGCCAGUUCCCAGGCCGCCCCUGUGACCCCCGCUCCUCUGCCUCCCGUAGUUCCGAGAGAUGACGGGCUCCUCCCAUGCCCCCGUGUCAGACGUGGUCAUGUAUGGCUACAGAAAGCAGUUCGAGGCUCCGACCCUGGCAGAAGGAUUCUCCGCAAUCCUGGAGAUCCCAUUCCGGCUGAAUGUGGAGCCCACGCUGGAGCGCCUGUAUACCCAGUUCUCAGAGGGCUGAGCGCUCCCCACCAAGUCCUUGCCCCUUCCCCUACCCUCCACCUCACCCCCAAUAAAUCCUGUUUUUCUUUACACUUGAGUAGCACUGUGCUGGGGAGGAGGGUGGUCUGCUCAGGACAGGCAGGGCUGGGAGCACUAGGCUGCUGGCCUCCCCACAGAGGGUAGGCUUCUCAGACCCACGGUUGUGGGCAUCCUAGACUGGGGAACCCCCAAGGGGGUGGAGGGAGCUCUUCCCUGCCUGCGGCUGUCCAGAUACAGAGCCAGCUGAGGCUCAAGCGAUGGGACCCUGAAGACAAGUGCUGGACCCCCGUUUGGUGAGAAACUGUAUCCUGGACUUGACCUCAGGGGGGUGGCCUGGACCUAGGGAGUGGGGGGGAAACGGGGUCCUGCUACUGUCUGGGCCCCAGCCUGUGUGUGCUGCCAGCCAGGUGCAACCUGGUGGAUCCACAGGGGCAGAGGCAAGCAGACCAGGUCCCAAAACAUGGCCUGCCAGCUCCAGGGAGGACAGGCCACUGGCCACGGCUCACCAGGGACUGACCAGCCACUGAGGGCAGCUCCAUGAAGUACGCGGUUCCAUCCUGGCUCGGGUGACUGAUGUCAGAGGUGGCCUCCCUCGGAAAUCCGUGAGAAACGCACAUUCCCAGUCCCCCGCAAC